CGAGACAGCGCUGAUCUUCUGAACGGAGCGCUCGAGACCGGAGCAGAGGAAAACGACUCAGAGAAACAUUCCGCUGGACGUUUGAGGAGAAUGAUAAACCUGUAGCGGUUACAAGAUUGAUGUAACCUGCCUCUGAACAGUCACAGUUGGAAGAGACGCGUCUGCUGCUGUCUCCUGUCCAAGGGAGUAAGCAGCUGACAUUUGAGUUUAGUUUGAGCGCGCACAGAUAUGUAUAGGAUGAGCCUGUUUGGGGUCGUGCAAAGAGUAUAAAUGCACAUUGAUGAGCAAAGAGAGACAGGCUGGCGAAGGCGAAAGAAGUGGAUGUUUUGAGGGUCCCUGAGGAUCUUGUGCUGGAGAUGUCUCUGUGGAUGUUCUUACCUGUCAGCCUCCCAGCUCUCACCAUCACUGGAAUAUGGGUUGUGUAUGCUAUGGCCUUGUACAACCAGCAUGUCUGUCCUGUGGACAAUUGGAUGUAUAACCAGUCAUGUGAGAUGGAUCUGCCCUUGCAGAGGGGACCAACACUAUGCUGUACUCUGGACAAUGUUCCCCUCAUAAGUAAAUGUGGCACACUUCCUCCAGAGAGCUGCUUCUUCAGUCUCAUCUGCAGCACCGGAUCCUUCAUUGUGAUGGUGAUUGUGUUCCUGCGUUAUGCCCAUGUGAUAGAGAAACACCAAAACUGUGUGCUAAACACAGCAAGUCUCUCCACUGGCUGGAUCUGUGCUGCUGGACUCAUCAUGGUGGGCAACUUCCAGGUGGAUAAUGCUAAGGUUCUUCACUAUGUUGGUGCAGGAGUGGCCUUCCCCACCAGUAUGCUGUUUGUGUGUCUGCAGUCUGCGCUGACCUACCGCCUGGCCAAGACUCAGGGAGAAUACAAUAUGGGUCACUUGCGCCUGUUUAUGACCCUGCUGGCGUUUGUAGCCCUGGUGCUUAGCGGGGUAUUUUUUGUCCAGGAGAGUUUUGUCCUGCAGCAUGCAUCAGCCAUUUUUGAGUGGGUCUUCUGUGUCAUUAUCAUGCUGUUCUAUGGCACAUUUGCUUUUGAAUUCGCUGGAAUAUCCAGUGACACAAUGAUGGUGCUGGCCCGAGGACAAUCUCUACACACCGGAAGCCGAGACCACAAAAUGGAGUCGCUUAGUGGAACCAAUCAGCACCAGCCCGAGAGCCUGUCCAUACUCUAACCUCAGUGUCCAAUAUCUGCUAGUCUCUCUCCUUACACUAGAACUGCGGAGGGAACAUAACAGAAAGUGGAUCCUGGCACUCAUACAACCAACUUACCCUUGCCAAAGAAUCCAGCUCAGAUUUGGCACAUCAUUUUUGAGAGACCAAAUCUAUGCCCUCUGUCCGUUUCUUUGUUAUUUUCUGGGGACCUUUGAAUCCAACAGCUUCCAUGCUGAAAAAAGGGACGUGUAUUGACUGGAUGUGUUGGAGAUUACAUUAGGUCUCAUCUGGAUUUUGAAAGCAUCUGUGUAACUUGGAUAAAAGCAAAUACAGAUUGCUAGUUGGCAGCUACCCGUGUCCAUAGGGAAAGCUGGAAGAGCAGGUUUGCGUCAAUGACGAUGUUUCAAAGCCUUCUGCAAUCAACGUUAUAGCAUUUAAGCACAGUGCCUAAAAACAGUGCCAAUUCCAUACACUGCAAAACAAUGAAUAUAAAAUGCUGAUUUUAUCUUGCCUUUAUCUUGCUUUUGUGUGUUUUUUCAAAGGCAUUUUUCUUUUCACAUAUCUCUCUCUUCUAGUUAAAUGAUCAGGUUGUUUUUUUUUUUUUGCCUUAAUUGCAGGAUGGCUUCUAAAACUUCAUUACCAGUGUGCCUUAAAAUAAAGAACCAAAUACAGCUAUUUAAUACAGCUAGACAUAUAUGUUGAAAGUCAUACAUGUCAGAAAACUGUCCAAUCAUAAAAUAUGUAUGUAUUUUAUUAUAUUCGGUUUAUAUUAAUGCUGAUUCUAAGCUGAAUGAUAUCAGCAAAAACCUCAAGCAAAACAGGCCCAUAAGCUUUUCACAUCAAGUCGCCAGUAACUGGUGGCUUUCCAGGAAUUAUGUGCGUUGCAGUACAGAGAAGAGAGCUAUUUUGUCCUGAGUAAAAUGUGAUUAGGGUUCCCUCUCGCUGUCCCUGUUGGAAUUGUCACAUGUUGUUGAGGUGAGAGAGUUCAUGCGAGAUGGUUCCAAGGAAGCAUCUUCUGAAUUUUCUCAAAAGCAUCCCUUUAAGAGAAGAAUAGAUUGGCGCUGCCCCUGGUAAAUAGUUUGAUAUGUGUUCACAAUUUUAAAGUCUCUGUGGAAUUUUUUUUUACUGGGUAAAAAUGCAGCCGGACUGCAAGUUUGUAAUUGAUUAAGCAUUUUUAGUUUGUUUUAAAAACAAGCUUGUUAUACAUUGGCUAAAUUGUGAUAUCCAAAAUGAUAUUGUUCCUCAUUAGAAAAGGAGCUGUAUGCUACUAGCGCCGUCCUGAAAACACAUUCCAUGUCAUGUUAGUUUACUAGUUAUUACUAAUUCUCUGCACUCAGGAAUGUCAGAUUAGUCUUUCUCUUGUUGUCCCAAAACAUUUUACAGUUAUUCUAGAAAUCUAUAUUGAUAAACCUGAUAUGAGUGAACGUUUUACAAUGCCUACAGUUCCUUUCCUUGCUGACAUUCUGGCAGACCAACUUAAACCAGCAAUUGAAAUGUAGCAUCAAUAAAAUGCUUAAAUUGCAAUAUUAAUUUUAUUUUUUUGCUGAAGACUGUGUGAAACUUUUUCAUUUCUUCUAAUCUGUUUAAAUGCAUUGUGUGCCUCAGAAACGUUAUUCUGGACUUAAAUAAUCAAAUUGCUGCAUUACCCUUUGCCUAGGUUUGUGCUCCUCUGUGUUUUAUCUAUCUGUUUACUUAAACCUCCAUCAGAGCUGUUGCUCAAACCUGGACUCUGAUGGUUUGUUCGUACUGCAAACAGAGAAAUGACUAAAUCAAACCCAUGGUAAGUACAAAUAGUUGAAGAACCUACCGCUGUACAUACCUGCUGUAGUCAUUCAACAAGGCUGUGCCACAUGUCAGCAUUUAAUGACACUGCAAAAAGUACCUUCUUGUGCCUUUGUUUCAAUUAAACCAAAGAUUUAAUCAGUUAUUGGAGAAAUGUUUUGUUUACUUGGCAGAAUAUGUCGUAUUGUAUUGUAUAUUUGCCUUAGCUAAAAACAGAAAUAAAGCAGAAUCAGACAUUUCUCUCAUUUACUUUCUGUCACAAAUGUAACCUCACCUCAUGUUGUUUGAAACCUUGGAAACCUCAAAACAAACAGG